AAAACCACAGCCGGAAAAUCUACUUCGCGCAUGCGGGAAGAGAGGGGUUUAACUUCCUGUUAAUGUCGCCGGUUCCACAUCAUCAAUAAAAUAUCUUUAUCAGGCAAAGUUUGAAGAUCCUGAGUGAAAAAUGCAUAUCAUGAGGAGAGACAAAAAGGAAGAGGAAGAUGGUGGCGGAAACCCCUACCACAAUCUGGAGAAAACCUCCGUCCUGCAAGAGGCAAGGACAUUUAAUGACACUCCUAUCAAUGCAAGAAAAUGCAGUCAUAUUUUGACCAAGGUGCUCUACUUGAUAAACCAGGGAGAGCAGAUUGGAUCUACUGAGGCUACCGAGACGUUUUUUGCCAUGACUAAGCUGUUUCAAGCCAAGGAUCCCAUUCUGCGAAGGUUGAUGUACUUAGGAAUUAAAGAGAUGUCCAAGAUUGCCCAGGAUGUGAUUAUAGUUACCAGCAGUUUGAUGAAGGACAUGACAGGAAAAGAUGACCAGUUUAGGGGACCAGCUAUCAGAGCUCUCUGUUCAAUCACUGAUAACACGAUGUUGCAGAGCAUUGAGAGGUACAUGAAGCAGGCCAUUGUGGACAAGAACCAUGCUGUGUCUAGUGCAGCCCUAGUGUCUUCUCUGCACCUGAGUAAAGGAAGCUCUGAAGUGGUCAAGCGAUGGGUGAACGAGGCACAGGAGGCCGUGUCCAGCGAUAACGUUAUGGUCCAGUACCAUGCCUUGGGACUUCUGUAUCACAUAAGGAAGUAUGACCGUCUUGCCGUCACUAAACUCGUCAGCAAGUUCAGCAAACACUCUCUCAAGUCACCAUACGCUUACUGUCUGCUGAUUCGUAUUGCCAGUAAGCUGAUGGAAGAAGAAGGCGCAGGGACUGAAAGCCCAAUGUUUGACUUCAUUGAGAACUGUCUCAGACACAAGAGCGAGAUUGUCAUAUAUGAGGCUGCUCAUGCCAUCGUUAACCUGAAGAACACGUCGGCUAAAGAGCUGGCUUCUGCGAUCCCAGUGCUUCAGCUGUUCUGUAGCUCACCAAAACCUACACUCAGAUUCGCUGCCAUCAGAACCCUGAAUAAGGUUGCAAUGAAACACCCCGCAGCUGUGACAGCCUGCAACAUGGAACUGGAGAACCUAAUUACUGACUCCAACAGAAGUAUAGCAACACUGGCCAUCACCACUCUACUCAAGACUGGGAACGAGAGCAGUGUGGAUAGACUCAUGAAGCAGAUCUCCAGUUUUAUGAAUGAGAUUUCAGAUGAAUUCAAGAUUGUGGUUGUGCAGGCUAUACAGUCCCUGUGUUUGAAAUUCCCAAGAAAACACAAUGUGCUGAUGAACUUUUUGUCUUCUAUGUUGAGAGAUGAGGGAGGUUUCGAUUAUAAGAAAGCCAUCUGUGAAAGCAUCAUCACAAUCAUAGAGGAGAAUGCAGAGGCCAAGGAAGCAGGUUUAGCCCACCUGUGUGAAUUCAUCGAGGACUGUGAACACACUGUCCUGGCCACCAAAAUUUUACACCUCCUGGGGAGAGAGGGGCCCCGAACACCCACCCCCUCAAAGUACAUUCGCUUCAUCUACAACAGGGUCAUACUGGAACAUGCCCCUGUCAGAGCAGCUGCGGUGUCCGCUCUGGCUAAGUUUGGGGCUCACUGUGACGAGCUUUUGCCCAGCUGCAUUGUUUUGUUAGAGAGGUGUUUGUUGGACACGGAUGAUGAAGUCCGAGACAGAGCAACGUUUUAUGUUCAUGUACUCCACCAAAAACAAAAGGCCCUUAACUCUGCCUACAUUCUGAAUGGCCUACAGGUAUCUGUAGUGGGACUAGAGAGAGCUCUUCAUCACUACAAUCUGGAGCCCACAGAACAACCGUUUGACAUGAAGUCGGUGCCACUGGAGACACAACCCAUGAGUGAACAGAGAACUGUGAGAGAACCAGGUGAAAUGAAUGCUCCCAAAGCAACUGAGAAAGUGGCAGCUUCUAGACAAGAUGUGUAUGCGGAACAACUGAGAGCCAUACCUGAGUUUGCUAAUUUGGGAAAUUUGUUCAAGUCCUCUUCCUUGCCUGUGGAGCUGACCGAGUCAGAGACAGAGUAUAUGGUGCAGUGCAUCAAACAUACAUUUGGACGAUACAUUGUAUUUCAGUUUGACUGUACCAACACCCUGAAUGACCAGAUGUUGGAGCGUGUGACAGUACAAAUGGAUCCCGCUGAUGGAUUCGACGUCAUCAAGGUGGUUCCCUGUCCCUCGCUGCCAUACAACAAACCGGGAACAACAUACACGCUGGUCCGACUGCCAGAGGACGCACAGCUAGUAACAGGAACCUUUAGCUGUACCCUGAAGUUUAUAGUGAAGGACUGUGACCCGAACACCGGAGAACCAGAUGACGAGGGCUAUGAGGAUGAAUAUGUCCUUGAGGAUGUUGAGGUCACAGUGGCUGACCAUGUACAGCGGGUGAUGAAGCCAAACUUCAGCGCCUCCUGGGAGGAAGUUGGACCAGAGAAUGAACUGGAGGAUACCUAUGCCCUAUCUACUGUCAAGACACUAGAGGAUGCAGUGAAGCAGAUAAUCCAGUUUAUGGGUAUGCAGCCAUGUGAGAGGUCAGACAAGAUCUCCGAGGGCAAGAGUUCUCAUUCCCUGUAUCUGGCAGGGGUAUAUAGAGGGGGGCACGAUGCCCUGGUACGCGCCAAACUGGCACUGACAAAUAGUGGGGUCACUAUGCAAUUAACUGUCAGAUCAACUGAUCCAGAUGCAUCUGAAGUACUUGCCACUGCCAUUGGCUAAUUGACAUUUUCAAUAGACUUUUAUUUUUUGGUGACAAUUGAUAUUCCUGGAUGUAUUUCAUUUGUCAAAAUUUUCAUUAUUGUAUGAUAAGGAAGAACUUCUUUGAAUUGAAGAAUGAUAAAUAUUUACAUUUCAUGUCAUUUAUUGAUAGUUAAUUUAAUAUACUGCAUGUUUACAAAUAAAUAUGUAGAUUUUAACAAA